AUGGCUCCCUCCAUGAUGGACACGCCUCCCCAGAACGCGGACAGCGCGGCGCAACUGCUGCAGGAUCUCGAGGCCAGCAAGACCCUGCCCCUCUGGACCCAGAUGACGAGACUCAACCCCCCGAAACCGAACGACACCGCCGUUCCCUUUGUGUGGAAGUAUGACAGCAUCCGCCCCAACCUGCUUCGUGCCGGUCACCUGGUCACCGAAAAGCAGGCGGAGCGGAGAGUCCUGAUGCUGGUGAACCCGGCUCGAGAUGCCCCGUACACCACCGAUACGCUCUACGCCGGCCUGCAACUAGUCAUGCCGAAUGAGACCGCGCCAGCGCACCGACACACCGCGUUUGCGAUGCGCUAUAUCAUCAAGGGCAACGGGGGAUUUACAGCGGUGCAUGGGAGACGCAUCUGCAUGCAGAAGGGAGAUGUGAUACUGACGCCUACUUGGAACUACCACGACCAUGGCAAGGACGGCAGCGGCCCGAUGAUCUGGCUGGACGGCCUGGAUCUGCCCAACUUCUGA